AUGUUCGUUUUUUUCUUCCCGCCGCGCGCUCGGUGUGCGUGGCGGUUUUCUGCCCGCCGUGCGCCCCGAGGCGCGCGGCGGUUUCCCACCGUCGAAGCGCCCCCCGUCGCCCGUCGAAGCGCUCCCCCCCGUCGCCCGUCGAAGCGCCCCCGUCGCCCGUCGGAGCGCCCCCCGUCGCCCGUCGAAACGCCCCCGUCGCCCGUCGAAGCGCCCCUGGGACCCGCGCGCGGCCCGUACGGGCUGCGCCAGGCCCGCGCGCGGCCCGUACAGCCCGCGCGCGGCCCGUACGGCCUGCGCCAGGCCCGCGCGCGGCCCGGGCAGCCCGCGCGCGCCUCGUCCGGCCUGCGGCAGGCCCGUGCGCGCGCCUCGUCCCCGUCCCCUGCUCCUCCUCCUCCUCCGUCUCCCACUGCUGCAGCUGCUGCUCAGGGGGGUGGGUGUGUGGGAGCCGAGGGUUUAGGGUUUAAGGGGGGUGCCAUGGGAGUGGAGCUAGGGUUUCAGCAGGGGGUGUGUGUCGAGGGGUGUGGGACUGUUGGGGGAGGUUGA